ACGGAAACUUGUUUCCAUAAAAAUUCGAUUAGAUUUUACUCCAGAACUCGUACGUUCCUCCUCCCUCAUCGCUCAUCCUCCGUCGGCCCCGACUCUCCUCCCGCCACAGUCUGGUCACUCCUCCUCCGUCUUCUCUCUCGGUCCUCCUCCCUUCUCCCUCGUCGCUCUAGUCCCUCCUCACGCCAGCUGAGCAUGUGUAGAGCGCAUUCCACAGAGCUAAUUCAGUAAAAAUUGGGACGGAGAAUGACAGCUUUCCUCUCAUCAAAGAUCCGCCCACCUCCGAUUCUCAAUUCCGUUGAUAAAAUCACACGAGAGAAGGAAUAUAAACCGCAGUCGAGGUGUCAUAUUGUCUGUCAAGAGACAUGGUCUAGCCGUCGGCAUGUGAUAGCAAACGGUGGUGUUGCAUUAGUUUCAGUCUUAGCAUUCAACUGUGGAUUUCGACCACUAGUAGCUUGGGCUGGAGAUGAAGCGAUCGAGCAAGAGGAGAACGAUGAAAGUUUAGUUGGGGCCUUUAAGUCACUGUUUGAUCCUAAUGAGAAAACAAAGUCUGGGAGAGUGUUGCCAAAGGCUUACUUGAAUUCAGCAAGGGAGGUGGUGAAGACUCUGCGCGAGUCACUAAAGGAAGACCCGAAUGAUAUGGCUAAAUUUAGACGGACUGCAGAUGCAGCUAAAGAAUCGAUACGAGAGUAUCUGGGCAGUUGGAGGGGACAACCGACCGUAGUCAAUGAGGAAUCAUAUGUGGUUAUUGAGAAAGCAAUUAGAUCUCUGGCAAGGUUCUACUCAGAGGCAGGCCCAUCUGCUCCCCUUCCAGAACAAGUGAAAUUAGAAAUCAUAAGCAAUCUUGAUACAGCAGACAAGUUUUUGUGAUCCUUACCCUUCCUUCAAACAUGUCUUGGCUUUAAUACUUGCAAGUUACUCAUCUUUUUAUUUUUCUGUAAAUUUAUUCCUCUGUUUUUGGGGUUAUAAUGACAGAAAGGGACCGUUU